AUGUCCUCCAAUGCCUUUAUGCGGGCCGCCAAGGCUGCUGCCCCUGCUGUUCGUGCUCACGUUCCCUCUCGCACUUAUGCUCAAGCUGCUGGUACUUGGGCUAGCCAAAAGGUUGCCAUGUCCAACCUUGAAAAGGACAAGUUCAUCAACUACCAAAGAAUCGAGGACAACCUUGAAAUUGUUCGCAAGAGAUUGGACCGUCCCUUGACCCUUUCUGAAAAGGUUGUUUAUGGCCAUUUGGAUGAUGCCAAGAACCAAGAUAUCGUUCGUGGUCAAUCCUACCUUAAGCUUCGUCCCGAUCGUGUUGCUUGCCAAGAUGCCACUGCUCAAAUGGCUCUUUUGCAAUUCAUGUCUGCUGGUCUUCCCAACGUUGCUGUUCCUACCACUGUUCACUGUGAUCACUUGAUUCAAGCUCAAGUGGGUGGUCCUCAAGAUUUGGCUCGUGCCAUUGAUAUCAACAAGGAAGUUUACGACUUUUUGGCUACUGCCUCCGCCAAGUACGGUAUUGGUUUCUGGCGCCCUGGCUCUGGUAUCAUUCACCAAAUCAUCCUUGAGAACUAUGCUUUCCCUGGUGGUCUUAUGAUUGGUACCGAUUCGCACACUCCUAACGCUGGUGGUCUUGGUAUGGUUGCCAUUGGUGUUGGUGGUGCUGAUGCUGUCGAUGUCAUGGCCGACAUUCCUUGGGAACUCAAGUGCCCUAAGGUCAUUGGUGUCAAGCUUACUGGUGAACUCAACGGCUGGACCUCUCCUAAGGAUGUCAUCUUGAAGGUUGCUGGUAUCCUUACCGUUAAGGGUGGUACUGGUGCCAUUGUUGAAUACCACGGUCCUGGUGUUGACUCUUUGUCUUGCACUGGUAUGGGUACUAUUUGUAACAUGGGUGCUGAAAUUGGUGCCACUACUUCCAUGUUCCCCUUCAACAAGCGUAUGGGUGAUUACCUUCGUGCCACCAACCGUGCCGAUAUUGCCAAGUACGCUGAGCAAUUCCAACACAACUUGCGUGCCGAUGAGGGUGCUCAAUAUGAUGAGUUGAUUGAAAUUGACCUCAACACCCUUGAGCCCCACAUCAACGGUCCCUUCACUCCUGAUCUUGCCACCCCCUUGUCCAAGUUCAAGGAUGCUGUUAUCAAGAACGAUUGGCCCCAAGAGCUUAAGGUUGGUUUGAUCGGCUCCUGCACCAACUCUUCUUAUGAGGAUAUGGCCCGCUCUGCUUCUCUUGUCCAACAAGCCAUUGACCAUGGUCUUAAGACCAAGGCCAAGUACACCAUCACUCCUGGUUCCGAACAAAUUCGUGCCACCAUUGAGCGUGAUGGUAUCAUGGAUACUCUUACCAAGGCUGGUGGUGUUGUCCUUGCCAACGCUUGUGGUCCUUGCAUUGGUCAAUGGGAUCGUCAAGAUAUUAAGAAGGGUGACAAGAACUCUAUCAUCACCUCUUACAACCGUAACUUCACUGGUCGUAACGAUGCCAACCCCGCCACUCACUCUUUCGUUGCCUCCCCUGAAAUCACCACCGCCAUGGCCAUUGCUGGUGACAUGACCUUCAACCCCAUGACCGACACCUUGAUUGGUGCCGAUGGCAAGCCCUUCAAGCUUCAACCUCCCUCUGGCGAUGAGCUUCCUCGUGCUGGUUAUGAUGCUGGUGAGAACACCUACCAAGCUCCCCCUGAGGAUCGUUCCCAAGUCAACGUUGCCGUUUCUCCUGAAUCCAACCGUCUUCAACUUCUCAAGCCUUUCGACAAGUGGAACGGUCAAGACAUCAAGGAAAUCCCCAUCCUUAUCAAGGUCAAGGGCAAAUGUACCACUGAUCACAUCUCCAUGGCCGGUCCUUGGCUCAAGUACCGUGGUCACUUGGACAACAUCUCCAACAACAUGUUGAUUGGUGCCAUCAACAUUGCCAACGGUGAGGCCAACAAGAUCAAGAACGUCUUCACUGGUGAAUUCGGUGGUGUUCCUGAUGUUGCCCGUGACUACAAGGCUCGUGGUGUUAAGUGGGUUGUUGUUGGUGAUGAAAACUAUGGUGAAGGUUCUUCCCGUGAACACGCCGCUUUGGAACCCCGUUUCCUUAACGGUGCCGCCAUUGUCACCAAGUCUUUCGCUCGUAUCCACGAGACCAACUUGAAGAAGCAAGGUAUGCUUCCUUUGACCUUCGCCAACCCUGCCGAUUACGACCGUGUCCAACCUGAUGACAAGGUUGACAUCUUGGGUCUUACCGAUUUCCAAGAAGGCAAGCCUUUGACUAUGCGCCUCCACCACCAAGAUGGCUCUGCUGAGGACAUCACCCUUAACCACACCUUCAACGAGGGUCAAAUCGCCUGGUUCAAGGCUGGUUCCGCUCUCAACUUGAUGCGCGAGAAGUCUGCCUAA